UAUUCCUUCUACUCUAACCGUUUUUUCGGAACUGUAUUAAUACAGAGGAAUGCAGGAACAGAAACUUUUAAAAUAUCGAUUGCUCGGAGUCAACCGAUUGUUUUGUUGUUGUUGUUGUUGUUGUUGUUUAUGUUGUUGUUUUAAGCCCUGGUUCUAAGUCAAGUGUAGUCAAGCCAAGCCUUUGUUUGUUGUGUAUUUAUGUUAGUUCACAUUUGUUAAUAAAAUCAGUGGACUUUCUUACAGUCAUCACUGUAGAUUGUUUCUACUGGGACUCUUGGUACUUGGGUUGAAGUUCUUAUUAGGCACAUCUGGCAAGAUUUAGUGUUGAUUUCUCUUUAUUCUGAGGACAAACACAAGAGAGAAUUUCAAAUGUUGUAAUAAAGAGGAGGAUAUGGGAUCAUUGUGCUGAAGGUUAACAAGGUUUUCUGGACAAAACCAAUAAAGAAUCAGCGAUCAGUGGAGAGAAACACAAGUAUGUUUGAGAGGUUUGUUUCAGAACAGACAGCACGUGUUUGUGAUUAUUGUGGUUAUUUCUUGUUGAAACAAUCAUUCAGAAAGUGAAAGUAAAGUUUAGAUGCUGGAGCUCAAACGGUGAAUAUGGAUUCAUCUGUAGAAGAACUUUAUUGUCCUGUUUGCUAUGAAACCUUCAAGGCUCCUGUUAUUUUAUCAUGUAGUCACAGUUUCUGUAAAGAGUGUCUUCAACAGUUCUGGAAAACCAAGAAAACUCGGGAGUGUCCUGUCUGCAGGAGAAAAUCCUCAAGAGAUGACCCUCCCUGUAACCUUGUGCUAAAAAACUUGUGUGAGUCGAUCCCGAAGGAAAGAUAUCAGACUAAGAGACAUUUAUCAGGGACUGAGGAGGUCUGUAGUUUACAUGGUGAGAAACUCAAACUCUUCUGUCUGGAGGACAAAGAGCCUGCGUGUGUAGUGUGCUUUACAUCACAGAAACACAUUAAUCACACAGUCAGACCCAUUAGUGAAGUUGUUUCAUCAUAUAAGGAUGAGCUCAGUACAGAACUCAAGUCCUUACAAACGAAGCUGAUACACAGAGAGAAUGUUAAAGAAGAGUGUGUAAAGACACUUCUCCAAAUCAAGACUCAAGCUAAGCACACAGAGCGACAGAUUAAACAGCAGUUUGAGAAGCUUCAUCAGUUUCUCAGAGAUGAAGAAGAAACUACAAUCACUGCACUGAGAGAGGAAGAGGAGCAGAAGAAGCAGUUGAUGAAGGAGAAGCUGGAGGAGAUGAACAGAUGCAUCUCCGCUCUUUCAAACACAAUCAAAGACACGGAGGAGAUGAUGAAAGCCAGUGAUGUCUGCUUUCUGAAGGACUUUCCAGUCUCAAUGCAAAGAGUCCAACUCUCACAGCCGGAUCCACAGAUGCCUUCUGGAGCUUUGAUUCAUGUGCCAUGUUACUUGGGCAACCUGCUAUUCAGAGUCUGGAAGAAGAUGCAGGGCAUUGUUCAAAACACUCCUGUGAUUCUGGAUCCAAACACUGCUCAUCCAUGGCACAUCCUGUCUGCUGAUCUGACCAGUGUAAGAGGCAGCUGGAACUGUCAACCGCUUCCUGAUAAUCCAGAGAGAUUUGACAUCUAUCCAUGUGUUCUUGGUUCAGAAGGCUUUAACUCAGGAACACACUGCUGGGACAUUGAGGUUAAUGAGUGUCCAUACUGGUGUCUUGGAAUAACUACUGCAUCAAACCAAAGGAAGGGAUUUGUUUUCUUUAGGACUGGUGUCUGGAGUGUGCAGCAUGGGCUCUUUGAAGCAGCUGGUUUUCCUGUUGAGCAAAGGCUUGAGUGUGUUAGAGUUGAUCUAGACUAUGACAGAGGAACUGUGUCAUUCUCUGAUACUGUAACUAACACACAUAUACAUACAUUCACAACCACCUUCACUGACACUGUCUUUCCAUUCUUCUGUUGUUAUGGAACUUUUCCUCUGAGGAUCUUACCAUACGAUAGUUUGUAAAUGUUACACCUGUAAGUCUGUAUCUUCCUGUGUUCACUGGAAGUGCAGUCAAAAACUCAAGGGGGUGAGGAAUGGGUCAAUGUUUACAGUCAGAAAUAAGAAAUGAAGUAAAAACUAAGAACUGUAAUAAACUUGCCCUGCAAUAUAAAUAACUGUACCAGCUCCAACUUCAUGUUCAACUAGCAGCUGCAACCUGCCAUUUCUAUUAGAAAUAUUACUUUUGGACAUUCAUUUGAUACUUGCGGUGGAUGUGCUUCAUUGCCAAGUCUGCUUCUGCUCAAGGUUUUUCUCUCCUCAUGCUGUAAUAAUAAUAAUUAUUAUUUUUUACCUUGUCACUGGGGACUCA